AUGGCUGGAUGGAAUGAUCAUGCAAUAGUUGAUGCUCUCCAAGCCUUAGCUCAGGCUAUAGGGAAUCCAAAUAGGGGAGAAGCUGUUGGAGCUGUUGAGUACCAAGGAUUGGACCGCUUCCAACAAAACAAUCCUUUUGCUUUCAAUGGAGGAUACAACCCUGAUGGUGCUCAUAAUUGGAUAAGGGAAAUUGAGAAAAUAUUCCGAGUGAUGGCAUGUCCGGAGGGGCAAAAAGUCGCUUUUGGUACAUAUACUUUGGUGGAAGAAGCUGAAUAUUGGUGGGAGACUGCUCGCCAAUGCCUAGAGGCUGAAGGUCAAGAUAUGACCUGGGAUGUCUUCAAGAGGGUAUUUUUGGAGAAAUACUUUCCUAAGGAUGUUACGAACAAGAAGAAGAUGGAGUUCUUGGAGCUCAAACAGGGAAACAUGAUUGUGGCUGAAUAUGCAGCCAAGUUUGAGGAGCUGGUGAGAUAUUCUCCCCAUUAUCAAGGAAGAGAUGACGAAAGUUCCAAAUGUGUGAAGUUUCUGAACGGCUUGCGACCUGAAGUGAAGUAA